AUGGAUGGUCACCGACCCACCGGCGAUUGGACGGAGGUCCGCCGGAGGAAAGCAAAUGUCAGAACACAACAAUCCAAUGCCCUCACAAACUUUUUUGUGGCGGGAUUUCCAGAUGAUACCAAAAAAGAGGAGCUGCGGAGACCCUUCUCAAGUUUUGGAAAAGUGGUCGAUGUGUAUUUUGGGUGGAAGAAAGAUUAUCGGAAGAAAAACUAUGCAUUCAUCAGAUUCAUGGGGGUAGAAGACGCCAAGGUACUCGAGACAAGAUUACAAGGUAUCAAAUGCAAAGAAACGAUACUAGAGGUUAACAUAUCCAAGCAUCAGAGAAAGGAAAAGGUCAACCAACACCAACGAAGCGCCAGAACCUGGAGGAAUCCAAAAAUGAACGAUAUCUCUCCUCUCAAAUCAUGUAUUAGAAACAACUGUACAUUUGCUCAAUUCGUGGCUGGACAAAAAAAUCAACAAGUGAGUAACUAUACCCCCUUUAUCACACUAAACGCUAACACUAGUAUGAGCGGAUGGCUAAAAAAGAAAUAUGUCCUAAUUGGUGAAGCCCACAGUCUUGACCAUAUGGGUACACUCCAUGCCCUGGGAAUAAUAUCGGAAGAAACCAAAUAUCUAGGGGGUUUAAGAAUUGUUAUUGACUUUAAGUGCUCCAAAAGUGCAAAAGAAUUCAUGGAAGAUGAAAGUAGAUGGAAAGAUUGGUUCAAAUGGUUGGGGAGAGCUUAUCAACAUGAUGUUCGAUAUGAAAGAAUUGCUUGGCUGAAAAUUAUUGGUGUUCCAUUGGAGUUUUGGGAUGAAGAGAAUUUCUCACUUAUUGCAAGCAGGUUCGGCAAGGUUAUAAAUCCAUUUGAUUCAAUCUUAAGUAGAAGGGACUAUUCCAUGGGGAAGGUUGGGAUCCUUACAGCAAGAAUAACAUGGAUCAAUGAAGAAGUUAUGAUCGAAGUCAGUAACACGAAAUACAGAGUAGGUGUGGUUGAAUACACGGAUGAUUGGUCACCAUUCAAACCCGCCCCCUUUGAUAAGGUAGAGGAAUCAGAAGAUGAGGAAGAAGAUUAUGACGGGAUUUCAGAAACAUCCAUAGAUGAAGAAGAAAACGAACCGGAAGAAGGUGAAUUCCGACCUGAUCCAACUCAGGCGUUCAUGGCAAAGGAACCAACGAUGGAAGCUCAGACCAAUUCCAGCAAAACGAAACCGGCGCCGGUAGGCGACUCUCACGCUGAUGAACCGUCGGGCGCUACUAUCGAUCCUACAGUUAAUGUCGUCGGUUCUCCCAAAGCAUUGGAGUCAGUUGAAAUCCCCGAUUUCACAGCCCCUGCAUCACAGUCAACUAUAUCUCCCAUCGUUUCCCUUAUGGACCCUAAUUCAUCUUUUGGGCCUGAGAAAAAUCCUCUCCUUGGGUCAAUUGAAAACUUGGUCCCUCUCGGAUGUUUUGGGCCAUUCCCAACAAAUAAUGGCACUCCUACAUUCUCGUUUACAUCUCAGUAG